UUAUUAUCAAUAAACAUUAUAGAUAUUUAUCGUCAAUUCUGUACCCGAAAUAAUACAUCGAUGAAAUAUAUAAAUUCGAUAUGUUUAAAUCGCAUUGUAAUUUAUUCAAAUCUUUCUCAAUUAAUCUUCCUCUUACAUUGCAAUUUGAAUUUGCAUUUCUUAACCUUGAAUGCCUUCCCGAAGAGAAAUCACAUUAAGAAUUUUGAACGAAUAAAGAUCAAAUAGCAACGAAGUGUGCAAGGGAUGAUACAUUUUGUCUUCUUAGACGUUAUAUGUAUGUAUGUAUGCAUGUAUAUAUGUAUUUCGAGGGUAACCACAAGACUACGUAAGCGAGGAUAAAAUUCUCCUUCCAAUGCAAAUGAUAAAAUACACGAUUCACUGUUAGAAAAUGAGUAUAUAUAGGUACGGUCAUGCGUUCUCCUAGCGGUCUCGAUUCUCUUUGAUCGAGGAGGGGGUUGUACUUGAAGAGCAAGCGCGCACAGAUUUCUUCCUCAAAUACGUUUACUCCUUGGCACCCUUCGUGCGCAGAGAAUCAAGCAACCCUUUGCCGUUUCUAAUCAUUUUAGUCGAAGUUCAAAUUGUGCGAGACAGUAAUAGCGAGUAUUAUUUCGCUUUAUUUUUUUUUUUUUAAACAAGAAAGAAAGAGAGAAAUAAAGUAUCAAGACGAAGGAAAAUACGCGAAGAACUUUAUUCAAACUUAUCCAGAAUGAAGAUAAUCCGUUACCUUUUCUUCAUAAUACCAUUGAUAUUCUUAAUAAAGAUGGGAUAUGUAGAAGGAAUGCAAAAUGAGCGCGAUAUCUCGAACGCAUUUUCGAUGUAUGGAACAUAUAAAAUGAAAAGACCAUUUUGCAAUGCGUUUACUGGUUGUGGAAGAAAAAGGAGUUUUCAUGGAACUUCAAUUCAAUCUCCGUACUUUGAUUCUAAGAAAGGAAUUAGAAUUCGUCUUCCAAUACCUAUCUAUAAAGCUUUAAUAAAUGCGGCUUCCGAAGAAAUUCGAAACACAAUUUCUCGAGGUUCUAAUGAUUAUGAGCUCCCAGAGAUAACACAGGACUUCACAGUUUUACCCGAUCGAGAAUUAGCACUGGAAGAAAUUAAUUGACUGAUAGAAAUUAAUAUAAGUACUCCUUUAGAUUCAUGAAAUGAACAAUCGAAAGUCAAAAUAUUAUUAAAUUAUUUAGAAUUAUUUCAUCUAUGUUUAAUAAUAUUUUUAAAUAAGUAUAUCGAUCAAAAGCGAUGAUUUAAUUUAUUCUAUUUAUAUAUUAUUUUAAUAUUGUGAUAUCAACUACGAUGACGUUUUUAAUGUCAUCGCAGCGUCAUUUCGAUAUCUAUUGAUUCAUAUCGCGUAAAUAUGAAUAUAAUUGAUAAUAUGUUUUUACCGUUUUUAUAUUAUAAUUAAUUUUGAUGCUUUACGCCACAAAAAAAAAAAAUUGUGUUAUAUCUGUAAAAGAAAUUAUAAU